GAAGAAGGGCGCUCUGAUUACGGAGAGCGGGCUAAAUGUUGACUUCAGAAUUUUUUAUUUUUUUUGGGCACAUUUUUUCCAUUGAAAAUAAACCGCUUACUCGAACGUUUUGAAACAUUUAUGACAGUAAGUCCCUGUCGGUGUUGUUUCCCCACAGAAGAGUGAAGUUUUCCCCUCCGAGCUGGUAAAACAAAGAACAGUUGGCUAACAUUGCACGCUAACAGCUAAUGCUGCGUAGUUUAAUUUCAUUGAAAACACAGCCGACAAUAACCAGUUAAUCUGUCUACGCCUCUUGGUGUUUUCUUCAAAAACAUUUCUCGGAGACUGACAUGGGCCUGUACACAAUACAUUUACCACAUAAUCGAUAGCUAUAAUGAAGAGAAGAGCGGAUGCAACAUACUCACCUCUGCAUGGGAAGAAGAGGCACCGCGAUGAAAGCAGCUCAGAUGAAGAGUCACUGUCUAGACAAGACUCCAGCCAAAAUGACUCCCUCAGUGACCAGGAGGAUCACAGACCGAGCUUCUCCAUGCCGUCUAUAUCAGCAUCCUCCUCCUUUGAUACCCAAGACAGUGAUGGCUCCGCUCAGACCUCAAAGUUCACUAUGUACAACAGCGUGUCACAGAAGCUAAUGGCAAAAAUGGGCUUUAGAGAAGGGGAGGGUCUGGGUAAGUUCGGCCAGGGGCGCAAAGAGAUCGUGGAGGCUUCCAACCAGCGUGGAAGGAGGGGUCUGGGCCUCAUGCUGCAGGGUUUCCAGGGAGAGCUCAAUGUUGACUGGCGUGAUGAACCAGAGCCAAGUGCUGUUGAGAAAGUCGACUGGUUUCCCGAAUGCACCACAGAGACCCCAGAUGCAGAUGAGCUGAGGGACUGGUUGAUUCUGGGACCGAGAAAACUAAAGAUUGAGGAUGAAACUGAGUUUUGCACAGAAGAUCUUCUGCACACUCUUCUACGGUGCAAGACGGUGUUUGAUGAUCUGGAGUGUGAGGAGAUGAGGAGAGCACGAACACGCUCGAACCCUUAUGAGACGAUCAGAGGAGGUAUCUUUCUCAACAGAGCAGCCAUGAAAAUGGCCAACAUUGAUCACUGCUUUGACAACAUGUUCACCAAUCCAAAGGAUUCUGAAGGGAAAUCCCUGGUGAAAGACCGCGAGGGCGAGCUUCUGUACUUUGGCGAUGUCUGUGCAGGACCUGGCGGCUUCUCAGAGUACAUUUUGUGGAGGAAACGCUGGCACGCUAAAGGCUUUGGGAUGACGCUGAAAGGGCCGUGUGAUUUCAAACUGGAGGAUUUCUAUGCAGCGCCGAGCGAGUUGUUUGAGCCCUACUACGGUGAGGGUGGAGUGGAAGGGGAUGGCGACAUUACUCGGCCUGAAAACGUGACUGCUUUUCGUAACUUCGUCAUGGAGAACACAGACAGAAGAGGGCUGCACUUCCUCAUGGCAGAUGGGGGUUUCUCUGUGGAAGGUCAGGAGAACAUCCAGGAGAUCCUCACUAAACAGCUGCUGCUCUGUCAAUUCCUCACUGCCCUCUCCACUCUCAGGACAGGUGGCCACUUUGUCUGUAAAACGUUUGACCUCUUCACUCCUUUCAGCGUGGGUUUGGUCUACCUGCUCUACCUCUGCUUUGACAGGAUCUCACUCUUCAAACCUGUCACCAGCAGACCUGCCAACUCUGAGAGGUACAUCGUGUGUCGCGGUCUAAAACCAGGUUCUGAUGCAGUCAGAGAGUACAUGUUCAGAGUCAACCUGAAACUGAACCAACUCAGGAACAAGGACACUGAUGUUACAGAAGUGGUUCCACUGAACAUCAUAAAGGACGACACAGACUUCUUCCAGUUUAUGAUCAACUCCAAUGAGAGCCUCUGUGCAGUCCAGAUCAAGGCCUUGGCUAAGAUCCACGCUUUCGUCAUCGACCCGGAGCUCUCAGAGCCGAGACAAGCUGACAUCAGGAAAGAGUGCUUAAAGCUUUGGGUGGUACCAGACAAAGCCAGAGUUGCUCCUUCUUCAUCCGACCCAAAAACCAAAUUCUAUGAACUGACUAAGAACUCAGAUGUGGACGCGUUCCAGAGUAAGACCACUCCUCUGGACUCCAACACGCUCAGUAAGCUGCGACACAUUUUUGACUACAGGUGCAUUGUGGGAGGUGGAGAGCAGAUCUUCCUGCUUGCAAUGGGGAAGUCUCAGAUCUACACGUGGGACGGGAAGAUGCCUCUGCGCUGGAAAAAAAUGGAAUCUUUUAGGCUGGAGCUGCCGAGGGAAACACUCCUCAGUGUGGAGAUCGUUCAAGAACUGAAAGGGGAGGGUAAAGCUCAACGCAGAAUCAGCGCUGUCCAUGUAAUGGAUGCACUGAUUCUUAAUGGUACCGAUGUAAGAGACCAGCACUUCAACCAACGGAUCCAGAUGGCUGAGAAGUUUGUGAAGGCGGUGGCAAAACCCAGCAGACCAGACAUGAACCCGAUUAGAGUGAAGGAAGUUUACAGACUGGAGGAAAUGGAGAAGAUUUUUGUCAGACUAGAGAUGAAGAUAACAAAGAGUUCAGGAGGUGUCCCUCGUCUGUCCUACACCGGCAGAGAUGACAGACACUUCCUUCCAACAGGCCUCUAUAUCAUCAAAACUGUCAAUGAACCGUGGACGAUGGCAUACAGCAAAAACUCUAAUAAGAAGUUCUUCUACAAUAAGACAACCAAGGAAUCAACUUAUGGCAUGCCACCAAAUGCUGCUGCUCCUUUCCGCGUUUGUCACUCUGAGCGACUCUUCUGGGCCUGGGUGGACGGGGUCAUCGUUCACGACUCUCAGACCCGAAUGGACCCAGAGAAACUGUCCAAAGAUGGAUUUUUAACCUUUAUCCACCAGCAUCACCAGUACUGAAUAAAGUAAUAAAAAAAUCAAGAGCUUCGUCAGUUGCAGCUCGUGCACAGAGGAACAAAGUGAUGGAGCAUGCAGACCCUUGGAAAAUUAUUUAUUUGACAAUAAAAGAGCGAUAAAGUCUUCAGAUUAAAACAUUUUUUUAUCUGGCCGCGCAGCUUUUUGUCUAAUAGGUACAACUGCUGUAAGACCAUUAUUAAGCUUCUUGCUUGUUUUUUUUUUUUUUCUUAAAGUUUUUUUUUUACUGAAGUUGUGGAUUGUCUGCUGUCCUUUGUAGCAAUGACGACUGAUCAAAGCAGUCUCAACAGUUCCUUCACCCUCAAUAAACUGUACUGAAUCAUACUGGCCUUACACAACAACAUGGAGUCAAUGAGAAUGCUGCCGUUUUCACCAUGCCUUGCAUUUUCCUGUACAUCCAUGUUUUCUCAACAUCUAAUUAAGGAGAUGCUUUGCUGUGCUUGCGUACAUCGCUUUACCAAUUACAGAUGGGGUUUUAAUGGUUAAACUAUGCAUCAGUGUCGAUAAGGUCAGUUUAGCCUUCUGUACUACUGCUCUAAAACCAAGACUCUUCUUUAGAGAAGAUGAAGCAGGACACUAUAACCAGCUGCACCUCUGCCUUUUCCUCACUGCUAAUCACCCUGGAUGUAGCAGCUCUCUCUCUCAACCUCUCUCAUCUGUAAUGAACUCUGUGUGUGACCUAAAUCUCUGUUAUUUGGAUUUUGUGCCUCAUACGCUCUGACAAUGGUUAGAGAUGCUGCAAUUUACUUAUUUUUCUGUUGUCGAGUGAGCUGUAUGGUUACUGGGUGUAAAUACUAAAGCAGUAAAUAAAUGGGUGAUUCUAUUGCCA